AAGGAAAUCUAUUAAACCCACCCCACACUGUGAACCUGUGUGAUUUCAACAGCCACAGGACAAUGGCCAGCAGAAAGGCAGCAACACGCACUAAAUCUGCAGCCAAAAGGGCUCAACGUGGUUCAUCUAAUGUUUUCUCUAUGUUUGAGCAGUCCCAGAUCCAGGAGUUCAAAGAGGCUUUCAGCUGUAUUGAUCAGAAUCGAAAUGGAAUUAUUGACAAAUCUGACCUACGAGAGACUUAUGCACAACUUGGAAAAGUGAAUGUGAAGGAUGAAGAUUUAGAUGCAAUGCUGAGUGAGGGAAAAGGAGCAAUCAACUUCACAGUCUUUCUGACUCUCUUUGGAGAAAAGUUAAAUGGCACAGAUCCAGAGGACACAAUUCUGAAUGCCUUCAAAUUAUUUGACCCCCAUGGAACUGGGAGUAUUAACAAAGAUGAAUUUAAGAGGCUGCUGAUGACACAAGCAGAUAAGUUUUCUGAGGAGGAGGUUGAGCAAACAUUUGCUGUAACUCCAAUCGAUGUUGCUGGGAACCUUGACUAUAAAUCACUCUGCUACAUCAUCACCCAUGGAGAUGAGAAAGAAGAUUAAAAAGUGAUGUUAUAAGCAAUCAAACUCAAAAGACUGAAAUAAUAUAAGUUUAAACAUGA